GACAGAGAAACCUACGCACAGCCCCUGGGGAGGGGACAGGCGGCAGGGCCAGCGUCUGGUCAGGACAUCUGGCAGCAGUGACCUUGCUGGGGAAAAGAGCCAAGAACUAGGUAUCCUGGGCCUGGGACCACCCGCCUGAGAGGGGCAGGAGCCCCAGCCUCCUGCUGGGGACGCACGUGCCCAUCCUCGAGCCUGAAGGCACUCCUGAGCCUAAAGGCCCUGCACUCGGCCAGCAGCCUGGAGAGUCACCGAGGGAUGAGGACGCCACAGCCCGGGGGAGCACCCUUUCUGCUCUCGCUGCCCCGAGCGCGCAGCGCCCAGGAGCCGGAUAGAGCCUGACGCCCUGUCGUCUCCCCUCGCGCACAAGGCUCUGCGAGUGAUCCGGCCGGCCAGCUGCCUGCUGCAUGGAACGGCUGCAGAAGCAACCACUUACCUCCCCUGGGAGCGUCAGCUCCUCCCGAGGCUCCAGUGUUCCCGGCUCUCCCUCCAGCAUCGUGGCCAAGAUGGACAAUCAGGUGAUGGGCUACAAGGACUUGGCCGCCAUCCCCAAGGACAAGGCCAUCCUGGACAUCGAGAGGCCUGACCUCAUGAUCUACGAGCCCCACUUUACCUAUUCUCUGCUGGAACACGUGGAGCUGCCCAGAAGCCGGGAGCGCUCGCUGUCACCCAAAUCCACAUCCCCCCCACCAUCCCCAGAGGUGUGGGCGGAGAGCCGGUCCCCUGGAACCAUCUCUCAGGCUUCAGCCCCAAGAACCACUGGGACACCCCGGACCAGCCUGCCCCAUUUCCACCAUCCUGAGACCACCCGCCCAGAUUCCAACAUCUACAAGAAGCCACCCAUCUACAAGCAGAAAGAGUCCACAGGAGGCAGCCCUCAGAGCAAGCACCUCAUUGAAGACCUCAUCAUCGAGUCGUCCAAGUUCCCUGCAGCACAGCCUCCCGACCCCAACCAGCCAGCCAAGAUCGAAACGGACUACUGGCCGUGCCCCCCGUCGCUGGCUGUUGUGGAGACAGAAUGGAGGAAGCGGAAGGCGUCGAGGAGGGGGGCAGAGGAGGAGGAGGAGGAGGAGGACGAUGACUCCGGGGAGGAGAUGAAGGCUCUCAGGGAGCGUCAGAGAGAGGAACUCAGUAAGGUUACUUCUAACUUGGGAAAGAUGAUCUUGAAAGAAGAGAUGGAAAAGUCAUUGCCUAUCCGGCGGAAAACCCGCUCUCUGCCUGACCGGACACCCUUCCAUACCUCCUUGCACGUGGGAACAUCGAAGUCUUCUUCCCUCCCCGCCUACGGCAGGACCACCCUGAGCCGGCUACAGUCCACAGACUUCAGCCCAUCCGAGAGUGAGACCGAAAGCCCAGGCCUGCAGAACGGAGAGGGCCAGAGGGGGAGGAUGGACCGGGGGAACUCCCUUCCCUGUGUGCUGGAGCAGAAGAUCUAUCCUUACGAAAUGCUGGUGGUGACCAACAGGGGGCGAACCAAGCUGCCUCCAGGUGUGGAUAGGAUGAGGCUUGAGAGGCACCUGUCAGCAGAGGACUUCUCAAGGGUCUUUUCCAUGUCUCCCGAAGAGUUUGGCAAGCUGGCUCUGUGGAAGCGAAACGAACUCAAGAAAAAGGCCUCUCUCUUCUGACGGCCCCCACCUGCUCCGUGACUGACCCUCACCCUUGCUGCUUCGGGGCUCUGGAGCUGGGGUCACUAGACCCCAAAGCAUCACCUCUGGGGGGAGCAGGGGGGUGGGGCAGAGGUGGGGUUGGCUCUGUUGCCCAGGUCAAGGGAGAGCAAGGCCCCUGCAGUGCUGGGGUUUUGGGACGUGGACCUCCUUCCCCAUGAUGAGCUGAGGGGGCCUCCUCUCAUCCCUGGUCCUCGCUGCACAGGGCAAACCCAGCGUGCACUCCAGCACACGCAGAGUUAGUGUCUGCACCCUCUCCCUGCCCCCACCCCCAUGUGACGGUCCCCAGAAGGGAGUGAUGAGACAUGAACGUGACACUUAGUGGUCAGGCCUGUCUGCUGUCCUGACCAAGGGGUGGGAAGAACCCUCGGGCCUGGUAGGAGGCACGUGAGGGUGGGAGGCAGCCACGCAGGCAGAGAGCGCCCAGGACCCUGUGUGCACCCAAACACUCCUCCACAGCUCACCUGGGACGGGUUCCCCUGCACCUGGGCCUCCCACCUCUCAGCCUCCAGCAGGGAGGCCACCCAGCCCUCCAGCUUACCCUGUCCUCUCCUUGUGACCCCCAAGCUUCGAAGCCUCUUGCUCCAGCCCUGAGGCUUCCCUAGAAGCCUUGGCUUAGAGUGGAGAUGUCGCCUAUACAGACCCCCAGCCCAACAUCAGCCUUCAGGCUGAGUCGGCUAGAAUGCUACCUUCUAGCAUCCAGGUCCCGGGCAGAGCCCAGGCCUUUGGGCUCCCCUGGACGGGAUGAGGAGCCAGGCUGAGAGUCCUGGCUACCGAGUCCCACCCACACCCCUGCAUCCCCCACCAUGCUCUCUAAAGAAUGUAAUUUAUUGGGGCACUCCCCAGCUGCUUUCCUCACCUAACUCUCUGCCCUACCUUAAUCACGCUCCCAGCUUUUCUUCUCUCCAAAUACACGUGUAUAUAAUUAUAUAUAUAUAUUUUUGCCGGGGUCUGGGUUUUGUUCCUGCCCAGACCCCGACAUCCCUUUCCACCGUGUGUGUGUGAUAAUGCUGGGGGAGGGGGACUCUGCUUGGAAUUAAAAGGUUGCAUCGGG